AGACAUCAAGCUGGUAUUUUUUAAUAACAGUGACUAAUCGUUUCGAAUAAGCAGUGUUAAAAAAAAAAAAAGAGUCCACUGAUUAAUUAACGAACAACAAUGGAAAACGCCUUCGCCCCGAUUAGUGAGGCUUGCGUAAAGGCCCUCAGCGACAAAACCUACGACAAGAGGAAGAUAGCGGCAUCCGAAAUCGAAAAGAUGGUGGUGGAUUUCAACGUUAAAAAGAAUCACGGCCAAAUCCGGAGAAUAAUCGAGGUACUAAGCAAGGAUUUCGUGACGUCCAAUGAUUCCAACAAGAAGAAGGGAGGGCUAAUUGCUCUGGCCGCUACCAGCAUAGCUCUCGGGAAGGACACGGAGCGAUUUAUAGAGGAAAUCGUUAAUCCGAUUCUGAACUGCCUGAUGGAUACGGACACCAGGGUUCGCUACUUUGCCAGUGAAUCACUGUACAAUGUGGUGAAGGUUUCCCGGGGGUCGAUCAUUCCACUGUUUCCGAAUUUGUUCACAUCGUUGAGUAGAUUGGUCACCGAUCCGGAUCAAAGUGUGAAGAAUGGCAGCGAAUUACUGGACCGUUUGUUGAAGGAUAUUGUGAUUGAAUCGUCCAACUCUUUCGAUUUGGAUGCGUUUAUUCCGCUGGUUCGGGAGAGAAUCUUGGCUAAAAAUUCAUUUGCUCGGCAAUUUAUAAUCUCAUGGAUAUCGGUUCUGAAUGCAGUUCCGGAAAUUAACAUGGUAGUGUAUCUUCCGGAAAUUUUGCUCGGUCUGUUUCAAAUGCUGGAGGACAAUAUGCCGGAAAUUCAGCGAAUGUGUGAAUCUCUGUUGACUCAAUUUCUGAAAACGAUUAAGGCCGAUCCCACGGUGGCGGAUAUUCCGCAAAUGAUGAACGUACUGAUUGUACAAGCCCAAUCCAGUAAUGCUCUGAUACAGUUUACAGCGAUUAGUUGGAUCAAGGAAUUUGUUCAGCUGGCUGGAGGGAAUAUCAUUGGAUUCUCGUCGGGAAUAUUCACGGCUAUCCUGCCGUGCUUGGCGUUCGAAAGCGAGUCCAAGAAACACAUCAAAGAUUGUGCAACUGCGGUCAACAUUCACCUGCUGGAGUUGGUAUCCGGGACAGAGAAGCAACAGCAUCUAAAAAAUCUGGAUUUAGAUUCGGUAAUGGAAGUGCUGCGACAGUAUUUGAUUCACAGUUCUGUGCCGACCAAAAUUGCAGUGCUCAAGUGGGUUCACCAUCUGUUCACCGAAGUGCACGACGAGAUGUCCAGCCAUGCAAACAAUCUGUUUCCGGUUCUACUGAGGGACUGCCUGUCGGAUAGUUCGGACGAGGUGGUUCUCCAAGCGAUCGUCGUCCUGGCAGAGAUUGUAAAUUCGGCCACCGCGAAGGGCAGCAACUUUGAUCAGAUGCAGUAUAAGUAUUUUCUGAUGGAGCUGCUAACGUUGUUCAGCGAAAACAAGAUGUUUCUGGAAAAUAGGGGAACGCUGAUUAUUAGACAACUUUGCCGGCUGUUGAAUGCGGAGUACAUUUAUCGAACGUUUGCCGAGAUCCUGCAGGACGAGAGUACCAAUUUGAAGUUUGCCUCGACGAUGGUCCGGACGUUGAAUAUGAUUCUGCUAACCACUUCGGAUUUGUUCGAGCUGCGGAACACGUUGAGGGAUAUUAAGAACGAAAAAUCGGCCUCCCUAUUCGAGUGCCUGUACAAAUGCUGGUCCCAUUGUGCAGUAUCUACGCUGUCGCUGUGUCUGCUGGCCCAGUGCUACCAGCACGUGUCGGAAAUUGUCGUUUUAUUUGCCGACAUGGAGAUCACUGUUGACUUUCUAGUGGAAAUCGACAAACUAGUCCAACUGAUUGAAUCUCCAAUUUUUGCUUCUCUCCGACUCGCUCUGGUAUCGCAUGCCAAUGAUAACACCGAUGCACAGCAUCUAUCGCGGGCUCUGUACGGUAUUUUGAUGCUUCUUCCCCAGACGGAGGCAUUCAAUCUCCUUCGCAAUCGACUUCAGUGCGUUCCGAACUACUGGGGUCAACCGGCCAAGAUAAACUCUAAAUCGUCCAACGAGAGCCAGAGUAAAAUCAACUUUAAACAGUUAUUCGCGCACUUUCAGCGAGUACAAGAGCUGCAUCAAAAACAGCGACUGCAGCAACGGAAAAAGAAUCAAUUCUAAAAGAAAACAUGGUCUUUCGGAAUAUUCGAAAUAAAUCUACCUAAUCAAACAUUCCAUGAU